AUGGAUUCAUCCAUUAAGAAAAGGAAAAGAGGAAUUAGAAGAAAAAUGAAGAAAAAAGCAAUAUGGGAAAAUCACGUAUUAUCGGUGCAUGAUAAUUUAGUUUUAAAAGAUGAUGGCACAGUAUUUGCAAUGUUUGAAGUGCCUGCGUCUAUUAUCUCAAUGAUGGAUAAUAAAGGAAAAGAGGCACACAAACAAGCGACACAAGCAGUCAUUACCAGUUUAUACGAAAAUUUAGGCUUUGAAAUUUUAGUGAAGCCACUUUCAAAAGAUUUACUUAAAUCAUAUGAAAUAUUAUUAAAAGAUUGCGACCCUAGAACUCGUGAAUUUGGAGAGUAUCUAUUAGAGCAGUCUUAUUCAGAAUUAAUGAAUGAAUUAGGAAACUUACAUCAUUAUAAAUUCUUUUUAACUGUUCCUUUGAGUGAUUUCUCAUUUUCAGGUGAUUUAAGAAAAAUGAUGAAAGAAGGCUGGCAACGUUUCAGAAAAUCUGUUGUAAAUUUGAUUCGUAGAGAAUUAGAAUUCAAUCUUAAUUGGUAUGAAUCCUAUAAACAAACGGCUUCAGAUUUAGAAAUGAAUUUAAAUUUACUUCAGGCUCGCCCUUUGAAGAGAGAAGAAACGCUCCUUUAUAAUUCACUUAAUUAUUUACGUGGUAUUGAAGUCAAUAAAGAUGAAGUGUUAGCUGAUGUUAAAAAUGCCAUUGAAAAUAUGGAUGAUACAACGAUAGAUGUUCGCUCCGAUGGACUAUUAGAAAUUCAUCAUCCACAAGGAAGUAGCCUAUUAAAAUUCUUACCAUUGGCUGAUUAUCCAGAAGUGGUUAAUAAUAUUCAUCUUAUCGAACACUUGCAAACUUUACCAUUUCCAGUUGAAUUUCGUAUCAAGGCUCGAUUUAGAAAAAAUAAAGGGGCUUUAGGAAUGGAAGCUACCGCAGAGAGAAAUCGAGAUAGAAUUGGUACGGAACUUUCAGAAGCAGAUGAAAAAGGAAAUGUGACAAAAUCUUCAUCUGUUGGUGCGUAUAUGAUUCUUGAAGAUAUUAUUUCUGGGGUAGAUAAUGGGGAAUAUUUCCUAGACUUCUUACCUGUUUUUGCGAUUACUGGUUCAACUCCUGAAGAAAUUAAUUAUUAUAAGAAGAUGUUAAUGACUGCCAUGGAAAGUUUAGGAGUUAAAAUUGUUCCUAGUCAAUGGGAUCAGCCUUAUCUUUUUUAUAAAAUGCGUUCAACUGAAGAAUUGACACGUUCAGACAGAUAUUGGGUUCAAAAUAUGAAAGUGUCUGCUUUUGUUGAAAACUUGUUUUUUGUCAGUCAAAAAGUGGGUUCAGAUAUUGGAUUUUACUUUGGACGUGUUGACCAUACCACUUUAAAUUGGGCAGGAAACUAUGAAAAGGCAAUUGCAAGUUCACCUACUCCGUUUUUCUGGAAUAUGUUUCAAGCCAAUAAAGAAGAUAUUGAAGGGAAAUUAGGAGAUAGUCCUCAUGUGGGUAUUUUUGGUGAUACAGGUUCAGGUAAAUCUUUCUUCGCAAAACUUGCAUUUGUUUAUCAUUCUAUCUUAAAAGGGUUGAGCCUUUAUAUUGACCCUAAAGAUGAGAUGAAAUCACAGUUUUUAUAUGUGAGGGAUAAAUUAGAAUCUUAUUUGCCAGAAAUGGAAGAAAAAAUAGCGGAUUUAGUCGCUCUUAUUGAAGAUGAUGAAAUUUUGGAACGAAGAAUUAGAAAUCUAGAGUUUGCUUAUCAUAAGCCUUUGAUUGAUUAUAUUAAUCAUAUUCAUUUUGUCAGUCUAAAUACAAAAGAUAAAAAGAAUAUUGGGGCAUUAGACCCUAUUGUAUUUUUGGAAAGUGAACAAGCAAAAGAACUUUCUACACAAGUUACUGAAGGGCUGAUUGGUACAAAAUUGACUGAAGAUGAUAGAUUUGAAAACUCAUUUAACUAUCAUUUACAACAAGUCAUUGAAAGAAGAGCAAAAGGUGAAACUGUUGGAUUGCUUAAUGUUUUUAAAGAAAUGGCAAAAUCAAAAGAAGAACUUAUUAAAGACCGUUCGGAAAAUAUCCUUUCAAAAAUAUCAGGUACAAUGCUAGAACUUGUCUUUUCAGAAGGUAAAAAUCCGUCAGUUAGUAUGGACGACCACAUCACCGUUUUAGGGGUUACAGGACUUAAUCUAGCUAAAUCAGGUGAAGUAAAAACAGCUCAAAAUAAAAUGUCAGAUAUUAUCAUGUAUGCGUUAGGUGAUUUUUGUCGAUUCUUUGGUGCAAGAAAUCGAGACCAAGAAACGGUUAUUUUCCUUGAUGAAGGUUGGUUCUUUAAUACAACGGAUAUUGGAAAAGGUAUUUUAAUGCGGAUGAAGCGUGUUGGACGUUCGGAAAAUAAUUUCUUGGCUUUGAUUACUCAAAGUGUAAAAGAUGGUUCAUCUGAUGAAGAUGAUACAGCUUUUGGAACAAUUUUUGCUUUUAAAGAAACUGGAAAUACAAAGGCAGUUCUUCAAGCAUUUGGUUUACCUGAUGAUGACGAAGAUGUGAUAACUUGGUAUGAAAAUCAAACUAAAGGUCAAGCCCUUGCUAAAGACCCUUUCGGUCGGAUUGGUCGUGUUGUAAUUCAUGGUCAAAAUUCAGCAUUGAAUGAAUGCUUUAAAACAACGUUUAGUGAAAUGGAAUCAGCAAAGGCGGUGGCAUAG